AAUUCUGAUAACGAAUUUCAGACGAAAACUAACAGUCACCAUUUGCACCAAGCUGCAGCACAAAGGAAACGAUGAUCGGUAUCCUCCUCUGCCUGCUGAGUUUAUGCCUGGUGGCCGUCAUCAACACCUCCCCAGUCAUCCUUACAACUACGCCCAACGCAUGCCUAAACAACGGCAAAUACUACAUGGUUGGCGAGUCUUUCAGACCAACGCCCUGCGAGCAGUGCUUCUGUGCAGCUGCCGGUCGACCUGCCUGCAUAUCCAUUGACUGCGCAGUUGCUAUGUGUGUUGAUGCUGUGAAAUCACCAAACCAGUGUUGUUCAACAUGUCCAAAUGGCUUGAACUGCAAACACGGUGACGUCAUCAUCAAGAUGGGCGAGGUGUAUCACCCAGACAAAGCGACUGCGUGUCAGUGUAACUUCGGUAACCCCUACCUCGGCUUCGGCAGCCUUGAAUUAAAGGCAAAUUGCACCUCAAUCUGAAUAAAUAUGUGUUUGUA